GGAGCAGGAGCAGGAGCAGGGGACAGCAGCUGAUUCAGUUUCGCAGCCGCAGACCUGCAAAGGAGCUACAACUGACAGUCAACUCAACAGUUGCAGCAAGAGGACAAUGUCGUUGAGGGACGAACUUUUGAAACCUUUGUUCCCACCUCUCUUCUUCUGAAGACCUGCCAGAACGUGCACCACCACCACCAACAACAACAACAACAACAACAAGUUGUCCAGCGAGGGAUACUUACAUGUCACUGCAUUAACUAAAGAAGGCCUUGUGUGAAUCCUGCAGACACCCUUUUUUGUUGACUUUGCUUAAACUCCCCAGUUGUUCCCAUCUUGUGGAUUUGUUGUUCACUGCCACCAUAUUCCAAUAAUGGAUUCUCAAAGACUUUUCCUUAUGUUGGAUCCAAGCCUUGGACAUGAUCACCAUAAUUUUGGAUUAAAAGCUCAGAUGGCGCAUCCACACUGGAGAAUUGUUUGACUUCACCUUUCUAGCACUCUCUCUUCUCUCUAUAUAUCUCUGCUUUAUUGGCCAAGUUGCCAACAGUUGAUAUGGAUGGCAGGACUGACAUUUGGUUAAAAUCCACUACUUGGAUGUUUUGGACAUCUUUCUCUCUCCUUUUUUCCAUGGCACGAUAAGAGUUGUUAUCAUUUGAAAGAUGGGAAAGAGACAUUGCAACAAUGUGUUGCUUACUUCUGAAAUCAUGGAGAUAUCCAUCACCUGAUUGCACAACAUAAGUUGUUUUGUUUCGUCAUACUUAGGAUAUCUUUGCUGCUUGCUUGAUUUCUUUUUUUUUUGUAUAUUUUCGGAUAAACUGCAGUAUCUGCUUGGAUUCUCCCACAGGCCGUAACGCAGGCCUGCUUGAGCUUUAUUGAAGGGCCUCUUUAGGGGCUCAAGAGAAGUAUAAGAGAAGUUUGGAAACCGUUUAUUUAUAAUAUCCUCAAAGAAACGAACCGGAAAGGAGAAAACCACCGUUACAGGUCACAGUGUUGUGGUGGCAUGGCAGCAGAGCACAGCGAGCUGCUGGCUGAAAUGGCCACGGUUGGUCGUCUGAGUGCCACCGAACGCCUGAAGCACGCACAGAAACGGCGCGCUCAGCAGCUGAAGUCAUGGGCGCAGAUGGAGAAGGAUUCAGCAAGGGGGUCAAGGGCCAAAGCAGAUAAGAAGAAGACGCGCACCACCAAAGUUAAAUUCCCCGAGGCCAUCACCCUGCUGGAUGCAACUGCACGCAAUGACCUGGAGGAGGUGAGGCAGCUGCUGAACAGUGGGGUCAGCCCAGAUCUGGUCAACGAGGAUGGACUGACAGCGUUGCAUCAGUGUUGCAUUGAUGACUUUGUGGAGAUAGUGCAGUGCCUGUUGGAUGCUGGUGCAUGUGUGAAUGCCUGUGACAGUGAGCUGUGGACGCCGCUGCAUGCUGCUGCCACCUGUGGACACACUGGAUUGGUGCAGCUUCUGAUUCAGACUGGGGCUGACCUGCUGGCUGUCAAUGCAGAUGGCAACAUGCCCUAUGACCUCUGUGAGGAUGAGGCCACCCUCGAACUGCUGGAGAUGGUUAUGGCUGAGCAGGGGAUAACUCAAGACCGCAUAGAUGAAUGUCGAGGGGCUAAAGAGACGGUCAUGCUGGCAGACAUUCGGGCUCUGGUUCAGAGCGGAGCAGACUUGAACGCACAGGACGCUAAUGGAACAACACUGCUUCAUAUAGCGUCUGCUAACGGCUACGUGUCAGUGGCGGAGCUGUUGCUCGAGCACAGAGCUCAGGUCGAGGUGAAGGACUCUGAUGGAUGGACGCCGCUGCACGCUGCCUCCUGCUGGGGACAAAUCCAAAUGGUUGAACUGUUGGUGGCCCAUGGAGCCAGUUUGGACAGCAAGUCUGUCCUGGAGGAGACGCCUCUGGACGUGUGUAUGGAUGAAGAGGUCAGAGCCAAACUGAUGGACUUGAAGCACAAACAUGAUGCCAUCAUGAAGAGCCAGGACCGGCAGAAGGGCACACUGCAGAGACGAGCCUCUAGUACAGGCAGCAGAGGUAAGGUGGUACGUCGUGUCAGUGUGAACGAGCGAUCCAGUCUGUACCGGCGGGAGCACCACAAAGAGGCCAUGGUGUGGCAGGAGCGCGGCCGGCAGCCUGAGCCACAGGACGACGACGAGGACAGACAGACAGAUAAUGAGCUGCACCAGCAUGCCACGAUGGCUGCUGGCGGUGGAGCUACGUCACGUUUAGAGGAACUGGAGGCUGCAGACAGGAAUAUUGUGUCCAGUCUAGGUAAUGGAGGGACCUCGGUGUCUCUGGCCUCCUCUGUACCUGGAGAGCUGUGGAGUGGCGGAGGUCUGAUGGAGCGCAGCGCCUCCUACCAGCUCAGCCCUGCAUCUGGAGCCGGGUCAGCAUCUAAAGAGGGAGAGGGGGCAGACAGUAUGACUCGGGAGAAAUCACACCACACCCUGGCUGACUUGAAACGCCAGCGGGCAGCUGCCAAGCUCAAUAAGUACCCGGCACCUCCUCCACCGCUGCCCCCUGCCCUGGAGGAGGAGCCUUCUGUUGCAGUGGUCGAGGUGACGACCACUCAGGCCCAGCCGGAGCUCCAAAUGACCCCUAGUGCGGAGGAGGUGGCCUCCCCGAGCCAGGUGUACUUCACCCCAGCCAGCGGUGACCCUCCGCUGCUGAAACUCAGAGCUCCUGAGGAGGAGCAGUCUAACAAUAAGGAGCCUUGCUGUGGACUCAUGUAGACACACAAAGACACACACACAUACUGCCUACAGAGUCAAAGAGCUGCACAUUUUACACUCCAAAGUGGCAAAAACCUUUCAUAAUAGACAUGAAAUGAAUCAUUGAGGACUUUAAUUUAAGGCCACAUGCCAAUGAAGGUUUGAUCUACAUUGCAUUUACAUUUCAGUGAACUAAAGUGCAAUCUUUGUGCUUAUUUCCCAAUUGCUUUUUUUUAUCAAUAUGAUACACACUUUACACAGAAGGUCCUAUCAUUCCCUGUUGCUCCCUCUUAUUAAGCGACUGCACAAUCUGCUGGAUGUGUCCAUCUCCUGACUCGGUUUUGCAAGCAAAUAUUUGCUUUCCUCUGUCUCUGUUUAUUACUUUAUUUACGUCUGACCACACUUCUCACACUACUGUAGAUUGACAUUUCAUUGAAAAGCCUUAGAAUCAUGUAAAGUAUUAUUGAAUAGCAGUUCAAGAUGAUUUGUUUUAAAUUAAGAAUGAGGUUUUGUUUUCUUUGCUGAGUGCUAUGAGAGGUACAUGAUCAACAUUUGGAUACAUUUACAUUAUAAGCUGGAGGUUUUCGUGGUUGUUAGGUUUCUUGGUCAUGAUCAUUUCAGUUUCCAGUAUAGCUACUCUUUACAUUUACACAAAGAUGAAAGAUGCAUGAUUAUGUUUUUUCUUGGACAAAAAAAUAUCCUGAAGAUUUCUUUUUGUUAUUUUUUCAGUGCACAGAAAAGCCUACAUUUCAUUGUUCGUAAUGGUGCAAUUUGUAAAUUAAGUGUUUUGUCUCUAAAAGAAUGUGAGAUCAUCUACGUAUAUUUAAACCAGUGGAUCAUUCACUCAGCCCAUCAUUAUCACCUCUAGAUUUCUAUUUUUCUGUCAGUAAUUCUAUUUUUCUACCCUCUGAAUGGAAUCACAUUAUUUAUUCUAUCUGAUACUGAAUACGGCUACAGUUCAAUUUUUUAAAGAUAAAAGUCCAAAGGCAAGAUAUUUAUCGAGGAGAUUAUAUAUAAUUUUAUUGUCAAACCAAGUAAACUUGUCAGAGAAUUAUUUGUGAAAGGUUGGUGCCUUCUUUAGGUGGCAGAUUUGAUGGAGGUUUGCAAUGCUUGCACAAAGUCCCACAUGUUUGGUGAGGAGUGGGAUAAAAUGAUCCAUCAGACAUGGACUUCAACUUGAUGUGCUGUCAAUGCACUCUAAUUUCUGUAUUGCAUUUCAGUUUUGUUAGUGAUUUUUACUGAGCACUGUUUAGAAAAACAAAACAUAAAAACAUAAUGUUCUACAAAU